CACCUCAAACACCUCGUAUCACCUACCCGGAUCCCGUCCACUCCAUCGUUACCGCAGACGGAAUAGCCCGGAAUGCCCGGCUGUAAUCGCGGUGUCAGUAGCAGGCGCUCCCCGGAUCAGUCGUGCGUGUGUAGUGAGUAGCGGUGUGGGUGCAAGUACAGUAGCGGCGUAAUGGUGCGACGGUUGUGGUGGUGUGGCCAACACCCGGUACGCUGGUGCGAGGGUCGCUGGCUGGUCGUGGCGUUGCUGCUGCUCGUGCAGUGUCUCGCCAGUGGCCAGAUGCAGCUGCGAAGCUCGGGAAGCGAGCCGGCGACGCGAUACCGCAGUGAGGUAGCCGAUUCACCGGACGCUGGAGGUGCUGCCGGUCGCCAACAGCCGGCGAAAGGAAAGGCCCCGAAGCAGCUGUCCGAGCCGGCGCAGCUGUCCUUCGUCCCGAACGACAUCGAGUGUCCCACCUUCGCCGAGAACUCGGCCUGCCCGUGCUACAAGUUUGAGGAUGGUAUUUUUCUCGAAUGUCCCGGCAUUACGCUGGCCGCAUUGCGUUCGACUCUGCAGGUCAUCUCCUCCCCGGUGCAGUCGCUGUCGGUGUACGAUUUCGACCGCUCGGUAAAGACGCUCACGGUGGAGCUGUUCGGAGGGGGCGCGGCCGGGCCCAGCCAGGAGCUGCUUGGCGCGGGUGGUGGAGCAAACAUCAGCAUCCGGCACCUGCAGUUCUCCCACUCCAGCCUACAGCAGCUGAAACCGAACGCGCUGCACCCGUUGCGAGCUCACCUGGAGAGUUUGAGUAUCAUCAACGGCAAGUUGACACAAGUGCCCACUAAAGCCAUCAUCGGACUGAAGAAGCUGAUGGUAGUAGACUUCGAUUCGAAUGAGAUAGCCGCGGUGGACGAGUACGCCUUCCACGGGCUGCAUCUGGUGAAGCUCAACCUGAAGAGCAACCGCAUCGAGCGGGUUCCCAUGAAUGGGUUCGCCGGGCUCGAGGAUACGCUGACCGAGCUGGACCUGUCCGAGAACCGGUUGCGUCAGUUCCCGACGCUAGCGCUGCGUCGCCUGGAGAACCUGCGCCUGGUACGAUUGUCCAUGAACGAUAUCGCCUCACUGGAGCAGGAUGAUAGCUACACCCGGUUCGGGGCGCUCUCGUUUCUCGACCUGAGCCUGAAUAACUUCGUCGAGCUGUACGCCGACAUUUUCGGCGCGUUUCCCAUGCUGAAGACGCUCUCGCUGUACAACAACUUCAUCGAGAUGAUCCACCGCGAUGCGUUCGUGUCACUGAAGGAGCUGCAGUCGCUCGACCUGAGCCACAACAAGAUCGUGUACCUCGAUCCGCAGAUCUUCGCCGGCAACCGGCGACUGCACACGGUCGACCUGAGCCGCAACCACGUACACUACGUGAACGGGGUGUUCGCCAACCUGCCGCUGCUACGCGAGAUCUUCCUGAGCGAGAACAACGUGCUCGAGCUGACGGACGACUGCUUCGCCAACUCGACUAGCGUCAAGGUCAUCUACCUCGAGCACAACUCCAUCCAGCGGCUCGACGGCGACACGCUGGCGACGCUCGGCAGCCUCGAGCAGCUGUUCCUGAGUAACAAUCUGAUCCAAAAGGUACCGGCACAGUUUUUCGAGGCGACACCCGAGCUCAACUCGCUCGCACUGGAUGGGAACGCGAUCGUCGAGCUGGACGUUCGGUUGUUCCAGCGACUCGGAAAGCUACGCGAGAUUCGGCUGAACGACAACCGGCUGCAGCAGAUCCGGGAAGCAUUGUUUGCCCCGGUCGAGGAGCUGAUGGAGCUGCACCUGCAAAACAACGACCUGCGCGUGAUCGAGCGGGGUGCGUUCCACAACUGUCGCCUGCUGCAGUACAUCAAUCUGCAGAACAACGGGCUCGAGGAGAUCGACACCAUAUUCGCUGGGGGGAAGUUUGGCGGGGGGGUUGCCAACCAGUCCCCGCUGAUGGCGGUCACGACGCACGGUAAGCUCAUCACCACCAAGGGGACCGCACUGAUUGACCACUUCGAAGAUUCGGCUGGCGGAAAAGGGCAAGAGUCGGCACUGCUCUCGAUUCAGCUCAACUUGAACGCGCUCAAGUAUCUGCACGGGCAGGCGUUCCGUGGCCAGACCAGUGUGCAGAUGGUGUGGUUAGAAGACAACCAGCUGAAGUCGCUUGAUCGGAUGCUGUUCGUGGAGAUGGUGCACCUGGAAAAGUUGUACCUGCGCAACAACACGCUGCUCUCGAUCGAGGUCGGCACCUUCGAUCCGCUGGUGCGGCUGAAGUACCUCGAUCUCAGCCACAACCGACUGAGCGACCUCAAGGAGGAACUAUUCCGCAGCCUAGCCGAGCUGGACGAGCUUCACCUCAGUCACAAUCUGUUCGAAGCGCUGCGGGCGAACGUUUUCCGAAAGCUGCGUGGCUUGCGCGUGCUGGACCUGAGCCACAACAACCUGCAGACACUCGGUGUCGAUACGUUCCAGUCGGCGCUGCCAGUGAGCGUCAUCAACCUACGACGGUGUAACUUGACACGCCUGGAGCCGGGUGUGUUCCGCGGGUUGAGCAAUCUGAACGAACUGACACUGGACGAGAACCAGCUUUCGGCUGCCGAGCUGCUGCAAAUUGAGGCUAGCUCGAUGCGUACGCUGCGGCUCGGUUCGAACAACUUCACCCAGCUGAAGGAGGGCGUGUUGGAGCGUAUGCCAUCGCUGCAGAUGCUCUACCUGGAGCGGUGCGACAUCCAGGAUCUCCCGUACACGGUGCUGCAGAAGAAUGUCAACCUGGUCAAGCUGGACCUGAGCUACAACCGACUGCGGACACUCAGGCGCAACACGUUCUUCGGGUUGAACGUGUUCAAGGAGUUAAGACUGCACAGCAACCAGAUAGCGGACUUUCCGCACCUCGCCCUGCUGAACGUGUCCACGCUGGAGAUUUUAACGCUCUCGCACAAUCAGCUGACGAUAGUCGACUUCUACAAGCUGACCGGGUUGCCGAACCUGCGUACCUUGGACUUGCAUUCGAACAGCAUCACCUCGCUGACGGGGUUCACGGUCGAUACGCUUCCGCACCUUGAUACGCUUGACCUGAGCGGCAACUUGCUGCUGGCGCUUCCGGAGAACUUCUUCAAACACUCGAUCAGCCUGCAGCGCAUCGAUCUAUCGCUCAAUCGCUUCAAUCAAAUCCCCAACCUCGCCCUCUCGGAGGCUUCCCUGGCCCGGCUUGCCUGGCUCAACCUGACCGGCAACCCGCUGCAACGUAUCUCGGUCGACGCGGACCAGCAGCGCUACCCGCACCUCAAGGAACUGUACAUCAGCCUCACCAACCUAUCGAUCGUGACCAGCAAGGACUUCGAGAUCUACCCGGCCGUGCAGAGCCUGCAUCUCGUGCAGAACCGCAUCAACCGAAUCUCGCCGGGCGCGUUCGGUGCCCUCACCAACCUGCAGCUGCUCGAUCUGAGCGUGAACGAGCUCGAGAUUCUACCGAAGGAGCGCCUGCAGGGUUUGCGCCUGCUCGAGAUACUCAACAUCUCCACGAACAGCAUCAAGGAGCUGGACGAGUUCACGCAGGACCUGCAGAAGCUGCGCAUCCUGGACGCGUCCUCCAACCAGCUCGAGCGCAUCCAGAAGAACUCGCUGCGCCACCUGGUGGCGCUCCAGGAACUGUACCUGUACGGCAAUCGGCUGAUUACCGUCUCCUCCGACGCGUUCCGCACGCUGCGUGCCCUCACGACGCUCGACCUGCGGAAGAACUACUUCGAGUACGCUCCGCUGCGUGCUCUCAAGCCGCUGGAAACGCACCUGCAACAGCUACGGAUCGAAGACAACCCUCUGAUGUGCUCGUGCGACACACAGGAGCUGUGGGAGUGGCUCAGCGAUCACCGGAAGUGGGCCCGCGGGUACGAGAACGUACGGUGUGAGCAGCCGGCCGAGGCGCAGGGCAAACUGCUGCUGACGAUGGAACCGCAGGAGUUCUGUGACGUGCCGCUCAUCCUGAAGAUUGCCAUACAGGACAUCCAGCCGUACUCGGUGCUGGUGUCGUGGCAGAGCCGGGAGCACUCCGGUUUGCACGGCUACCACAUCAUCUACUACUCGCUGGACGCCAUGGAGGAUAUGCGCGGAAAGACGAUGAACCGAUCGUCGAACUCGGCCCGAUUGAACCGGUUGGCGUCCAACACGCGCUACCUGAUCUGCGUGCUCGGCCUCGGUAAUUGGUUGACGUACCACAGCGACAUCAACUCGCUACUCAAUCAGUCCAAUCAGCUGCAGAAUCAGAUCCUGAACAGCGGCUCGGCGGUGCACAGCCGGUACGCGAGCGGUGACCUGGAUGCGUCGCUCUCCAACACCCUGCUGUCGCUGCUGACCGACUCGCCGACGACGCGCUGUACCGAGGUGCGCACCCUGGACGCAACCGGACCGAAUCCGCUGGCCGAGGUGGACGGGAUGUCGAGCCAGAGCAUCAUCCACUCGAUCCUGACGCGCCGGCUCGGGCUGAUCGUCGGCUGCUGCCUCGGCAUCGUCGUCUUCAUCGUGCUCGUGUCCGUGCUCGGCUGGCUGAAGAUCAAGAAGCAGCGGCUCGAGGCGGCCAAGCGCCAGCAGCAGCCGCACCAGCCGGAGUUCAUCUCCUACCGCCAUUUCUCCAUCCCGAACGACGAGCACGGGCGCGACGGGGUGCACGGUGGUAGCGGUGCCGUCGUUCACAGCAGCGGCGGCGGCGUCGUGGCCGCCAACUUCCUCGACGGCCACCCGUCGUUCAUCUCCGGCGCCGUCCUCGGCACCACCACCACCAUGAACGGGGGCGGCACGGUCGACGAGACGAAGAAAAUCUUCCUCACCGAUAGUUGA